AUGAAGGCCAGCUCCGCAUCAAACCCGGUUGUUCUGUAUUGGCACCGGACGGAUCUGCGACUUCAUGACUCGCCGGCCUUGCACGCUGCUCUUGCUCUGAAGCCCGCUGUCUUCAUUCCAGUCUGGACAUGGGAUCCCCACUAUGUGUACAAAGCUCGCGUGGGUCCCAAUCGCUGGAAAUUCCUCCUGGAAUGUCAAAGUGAGCUGUCCAAAAGCUAUAAGAACCUCAAUCCAAAGCAAAAGCUCUGGGUUGUAAGAGAAGGACCUCAGACAGUUCUACCCAAGCUAUGGAAGCAUUGGGGUGUGACACAUCUUGUGUUUGAGAAAGACACGGACGCGUACGCCAAAGACCGGGACACUGCCAUUGUGGCCUUGGCUGAAAAGGCAGGCGUGGAGGUCAUCGUCAGAAUGGGUAGGACACUGUUUGAUCCCGAUGAGCUUGUUCAGAAAAACAAUGGGAAGCCGACAUUGAGCAUCACACAUGUGGAGAAAGCUGCUGUGAAGAUCAACAACGGUAAUCCGGAUAAACCACUGGAUCCUCCUGAUAGCAUUCCAGACCCAUGGGGUGAGAAGCAGAUGGAUCUAAGCAGUCUCGAUCCUGACUCAGUUGACAACAACCCGGAUUUGAAUUCGGAGCAUCGCACAAAGAAGGACGAGCAGUAUUCGAAUCUCAUGGGGCCUAAGAACGACUUCGCUGUCCCGUGGGACGAUAUAGGCAUUGACUUAUCCCAGGCGGCUACACCCCACCGAGGGGGUGAGCCAGAGGCACUGCGAGUCUUGAGCGAGUGUAUCGAGAAUGAGGAGUACAUUGCGCAAUUCGAGAAGCCCAAAACGUCUCCAGCGGCCUUUGAGCCUCAAUCCACCACCCUCUUAUCACCGCAUCUUCACUUCGGGUCCCUGUCUGUGCGGAAGUUCUGGUGGGAUGUCCAGGAUGUCUUCAACAAACAGCGAAAAGCUAAGAAGCCAGUCGCGUCUGUGCCGACUAAUCUUCAUGGCCAGCUGUUGUUCAGAGACAUGUAUUUCGCGGCACAGGCACCUCUUGGGCAUCGGUUUGCGCGCUCUCACGGAAACGAGGUUGCUCGGUUCAUUGAUUGGCACUUGCAGUCGAAUCCUCCUGACAAAGAUGGGGAGGUUGACGGGUCGUAUGAGGUGGACUCGCAGGAGGCAGAGGAAUGGUUCCAGCGGUGGAAAGAGGGACGGACGGGCUUCCCUUGGAUUGAUGCCUUGAUGCGUCAGCUCAGACAGGAAGGGUGGAUUCAUCAUCUCGGUAGACACAGUGUGGCCUGUUUCCUGACUCGGGGUGGUUGUUAUGUUUCGUGGGAGAGGGGCGCUGAAGUCUUUGAAGAGCUCUUGAUUGAUCAUGAAACCGCAUGCAACAUCGGUAACUGGCAGUGGCUUUCCUGCACUGCAUUCUAUGCGAUGUUCUACCGCUGCUACUCGCCCGUCGCUUUUGGUAAGAAGUGGGAUCCAGAAGGAAACCUGAUCAGACGGUAUUGCCCUGAGCUUGCAAAGUUUGACAAGAAGCACAUCUACGAGCCGUGGAAGGCUCCCAUUGCAGACCAGAAGAAAUGGGGAUGCAGAGUCACUGGCGAUGGCGCGUCGUCUCAUUCCGAUGAUGCCGAGACCACCUACCCGAAACCCAUGUUUGAUUUUGAUGAAAGGCGACAGAUCUGUCUAGAUGGUAUGAAGCAUGCGUAUGAUGUUGGUUUACAUGGCAACGAUGCCAAAGUCAAGGAUGGGUCUUGGAAGGCGGAGUUUGGAGAUUCUGGAAGUCGACCCGCGAAGAAGCAAAAGACCUCAUAG